AUCGAUAAUAAGGAUCUCGGUAACGCCAACUCUUUUGAAUUGCUCUGUAAAUUGCCAUACAAACGGUUCAAUUGUCAAUCUCAGGACACCACAUCGCAACUGGAAACAUGGGAAACAAGAGGGCUCGUUCAGACACAGAGGGCCAGCCCCAUGAGGAUGCGGCGAGGAAGCGAAUGAAGCCGAACCGGCCACACAAAAAGAAGCAAAAGAAGCCCGUCGACAUGGAGAGCCUCGCUGCCAUCAAGAAGCGUGCCAGGGCAAUCGAGAGACUUCUUUCGCGCGACAACCUGAAGAUUCCGGCAGACAAACAAAAUGAGCUCGAGCGGGAGCUGGCGGCGCACAAGCAACGCAUCGAGGAAGCUCGGAGGAAGAAGGAGAGGAGUACGAUGAUCAAGAAGUACCAUAUGGUCCGGUUCUUCGAAAGGAAAAAGGCCAUGCGAUUCGUAAAGCAGCUCGAGAGGAAGGUAGCGCAGGCCACGGACCCAGACGAGGUUGCUCAGCUCAAGGCCGACCUCCACGUUGCCCAAGUCGACAUGGACUAUGCGAGAUAUUUCCCGUUCAUGGAGCCAUAUGUCAGCCUGUAUGCCGCGGCUGCUGCUACGGACAGGGACGAGACCAACGCGGCCGCGCACUACCUGCGGACCCCGCGACCGCCCAUGUGGGAGCUCAUCGAGAAGACGAGGGAGGAGGGCCAGGCGGCGCUGGAGAAGCUGCAGAAUAGGUGGCCACAGGCGAACGCGCGUUCCGACACCCCUCCGCGGUCGCCAGCGAAGCAGGCUGCGAACAAGCAGCACUCGGCAAGGAAGGGCAAGAAAGGAGCGCAGGAGCCAGGGUCGAAGGGGUCAAGGUCCGGCUCGACCAAGGUGGAACAGAAACACUCCAGAAAGAACAAGGACGAGGACGGUGACGGUGACAGUGACGAUAGUAGCGAUAGUGGUGGGUUCUUCGAGGAGGAUUGACCACGUUCACAUAACGGUCGGUACAUGUACAACCCGGCGCACAAGCGCUAUGCUGCUGUCUGGUGUUCUCGUCAGCCCGCUCACAUAGAUUAUGAUACCCAAACCGCAAACCACUGCGGUAAGCUGGACCCGUCGAUUUCUUUUCUUUUUC